CAUUAUUCUAAUAUAGAUAUACUAUUCAUACCACUAAUGUUAUCGCGUGAAGCAUUAUUGGUGAUUGGUGUAGUCUUCCAUAUCAUCUAUCUCUUUAGUAUAUUUGAUAUAUACUUUACUUCACCUUUAGUUCAUGGCAUGAAUCAUCACCGAAGUCCUGUUCCUCCACCUGCUGACCGCGUUGUCCUAAUAGUAGGCGAUGGACUACGAGCAGAUAAACUUUUUGAAUUGGAAACUAAUGGAUCAAGUCGCGCACCUUAUCUACGAAGUAUCGUCAAGGAACAAGGAGCAUGGGGUAUAUCACACACUCGUGUACCAACAGAAUCACGGCCUGGUCAUGUUGCUAUCAUUGCUGGUUUUUAUGAAGAUGUCAGUGCUGUCACUACCGGUUGGACUAUGAACCCUGUACACUUUGACUCUGUAUUCAAUCAAUCUCGUCACACUUGGUCUUUUGGUUCACCUGAUAUUUUACCAAUGUUUCAACAUGGAGCUAGUGAUAUUUCUCGGGUGGAUGCAUUUAUGUAUCCACACGAGUUUGAAGAAUUCUCUGGAGAUGCAUCACAUUUGGAUACUUGGGUAUUUGAUCAUGUCAGAACACUCUUUAAGAAUGCUACUCAUGAUAAGCAAUUAGAUCAUCAACUACGUCAAAACAAGAACGUAUUCUUUUUACAUCUUUUGGGCCUGGAUACCAAUGGUCAUGCUCAUCGACCUUACUCGAAAGAAUACUAUGAUAAUAUUGGCUUGGUGGAUCGUGGGGUCAAGGAUAUGGUAGAACUAAUCGAAAAUUUUUAUGGUCAUGACGGUAAAACAAGUUAUGUUUUUACAGCAGAUCAUGGUAUGAACAAUCGAGGUGCUCAUGGCGAUGGACAUCCUGACAAUACUCGAACUCCUAUCAUUGCUUGGGGUGCAGGUAUUCGAAAACCUAUUUUAUCUUCACGUGGUCAUGACGAUAUUUCUGCAACUUGGAAACUGGAUCAAUAUGAAAGACAGGAUGUUUUACAGGCUGAUAUUGCUCCUCUUAUGUCACAUUUGGUUGGUAUACAAUACCCUGCGAAUUCAGUCGGUCAGUUACCUUUGGCUUAUUUGGAUGCGGAUGAAUAUACCAAAGCCGAAGCUGCUUUUGCCAAUGCCCGGGAAAUUCUUGCUCAAUAUGAAAUGAAGCAUGAUGAAAAGCAAGAUCAUGAACUCUUUUUUAAAUCUUUCCCUCCACUCUCUGGUCAACAUAGUCCUACCUUUUACAUCAACUCUAUUCAACAAUUAAUCGACUCGAAAGAUUACAUUGGUGCGGAAAAAAUGUCUCGUCAAUUGAUUGCAUUGUCUUUAGAAGGUCUUCGGUAUUUCCAAACAUAUGAUUGGUUUUUCCUUCGAGGGGUCAUCACGGCUGGAUUUGUUGGUUGGUGUAUCUAUUGUCUUGAAUUUGUCCUUCGACAAUACUUGAUCUCUACACCAAUCUCAGUUUGGUCGUAUGGGAUCAAAACAAUGGUGGAUAUUGUAUCAGGUUUGGUAUUCUUGACAUUGGCUGGUAUGAUUUGGAUACAAAAGAUGCCAUCCCUUUACUACGCAUAUGUGUUUUUCCCAGUCUUCUUUUGGAAUCAAAUCAUUCAAAAUGUGGGUACUCUUAGAAUCUCUGGUGAUCUUGUUUUAAAACAAGGCUAUUUCAAACCGGUUAUGACUGUGAUGAGCACAUUACUGAUUCUUGAAGCAUUGGUAUACAGUUUUUUCGAAAGAGAAAUAUUAUCCGUCAUAUUUAUUUUAAUCUCCUUUUGGCCCUUGGUGAUGCCAGACAAGAUGAAAAAGAACCAUAUUUCUCUCUUGGCAAUUUGGAUGUUAGGUUGUUGGAGUACAAGUAUCUUUACAAUGUUACCGGUGGAAAAGGAUGCUGAUAUCAUGCUAGUAGUGUGGGGUGGCUUACUUGGCUUGAUUCUUGGUCUUCUUCUUGUCUGGUCCUUGAAAUCAAAUAAUCGCAUUGAUAAUCAAGACACUACUCUGCUUCUUUGUCAGUUAUUGGCCAAUGGAUUGAGUAUUGUUCUUGUUUAUUCAGUUACUAUCAGUCAACAAGGCAAACAAGAAAGAUUACCUUUUUUGAAUCAAAUCAGUAACUGGAUUAUUGUGGGUGCUAGCAGUGUGUUUCCAUUUAUCUACCGUGGAAAACAUGAUCAAGAUUAUCUAGCUCGUCUAUUGACCAUCUGUUUUGCGUUUGCACCAUUGAUGACUCUUCUCAGUGUAUCUUAUGAAAUGUUAUUUUAUGUCUGCUUGUGUAUGACAGUAUUAACUUGGCUCGAAUUGGAACGUAGACUCUAUCAAGGAAAAGGACAACCUGGUAUGCAACAGCGAUCAUUACAAUCAAAUGACAUUCGUACGGUACUUCUCUUCCUCUUCUUUAUCAAUGUUGGUUUCUUUGGUACAGGCAAUGUGGCAUCGAUGAGUAGUUUUACUUUAGAAAGUGUAUAUCGAUUUGUUACUGUAUUCAGUCCUUUCUUGAUGGGAGCAUUAUUGAUUACCAAAGUGUUGAUUCCCUUUUUUGUGAUCUCAUCUGUAUUUGGCGUACUGACUACUAGUUUGGAUUUACCUCCUUUUAGUUUAUUCCUUUGUGUAGUGGCUAUUACUGAUAUUCAAACUAUCAACUUUUUUUAUUUUGUCUCUGAUUAUGGUAGUUGGUUAGAAAUUGGUACUAGUAUUAGUCAUUUUUGUAUCGCUGAAUUGUUUAUUAUUUUUACUAUUUUAUUAUUUUUACUCUCUCGUUGGUUGGUUGGACAUCUUUCAAGUUUUUCUACUCAAGUCGAACAUCAUAUUAAAUUACACUAG